AAUUAUCUCUGGUCCCCUUUUCCUCACUGACUUUAUUUUGUUUGCAUCUACUGCAUCGGAUAGGAAUCCCUUAGUCAGGAAUCAGCUACUCAUGGAUGCCUUUGCUUCUCUUCUCCAGGGUUGCCUGUGCCAUGAGCAUGAGGAACCACACUUCUGUGACAGAGUUCAUCCUGCUGGGAAUUUCCAACACUGAAGGACUAGAGAGCAUGCUGUUUGCCCUGUUCCUGGUCUUCUAUGUCUUUGCCUUGCUGGGGAACCUGCUCAUCUUCCUCACCAUCCUGGCUUCUCCCAACCUCCACACCCCCAUGUAUUUCUUCCUGGGGAACCUGGCAGUGUUUGACAUAUUCUUCCCUUCUGUGAAUUCUCCUAAGAUGAUGGACUACCUAGUGCGGCAAGGCCGAACCAUCUCAUACCAGGGUUGUGCCUCACAGAUUUUCUUCUAUCACACCUUGGGCUGUACUGAGUGCUUCCUGUAUACAGUGAUGGCUUAUGACCGUUUUGUGGCUAUUUGUUACCCUAUGAGAUAUACGGUCAUCAUGAACCACAGGGUGUGUACCUGCUUUACAGUGGGCACUUGGCUUGGGGGCUUUGUUCAUGGGAGCAUCCUCACAUUUCUUAUCUUUAAGUUACCCUACUGUGGCCCCAAUGAGGUAGACAGUUUCUUCUGUGACAUUCCUGUGGUGCUGUCCCUGGCAUGUGCAGACACCUCCCUAGCGCAGACUGUGAGUUUUACUAAUGUUGGUGUCGUUGCGCUCACAUGCUUUCUCCUUGUUCUCACUUCUUACACUCGUAUUGUUAUCUCCAUCCUGAAAAUCCGUUCCUCAGAAGGAAGGCGCAGAGCCUUCUCGACCUGCAGUGCCCACUUCACAUCCAUUCUGUUGUUCUAUGGCCCUGUGAUUCUUGUGUAUCUCAGACCUGCUUCUAGUCCCUGGCUGGAUUCUGUUGUCCAGGUGUUUAAUAAUGUUGUCACCCCUUCCUUGAAUCCUCUGAUUUAUUCUUUGAGAAACAAGGAAGUGAAAUUAGCCCUGAGAAAGGUGUUAAGUCAAGCAAUGCAACCUUUGGGGUAUAAGGAAUAGAAACAAUAAUUUUCUAUAUAAUUUUAAUAUUGUUUAGCAUUUUCUCUUCAUGAGUUACUGUUGCCAAAUGAGUCAGAUGAUCAAACCUAGUUCUUGGGAGUCUCACAAGGCAGGGUUUAUUUGGGCCGAUAUGUGGAUUUAACACUGGAAAGAAGACUUUGAAAAUUAACUCAGUGUUUUUAAUUAAUUGUAAUUUGCCAAAACAAUGAUUCCUUUUGCUCUGCAAAGUCUAUAUGUGGAUUUCAGUUUUGACUUUUUGUUUUAAAUGAAACUGAACCUUUCUAGAUGCUGUUGAGUACCUUAUAUUCCUCUGAUCAUUCCUUUCCAAAAUUUUCUUUCCAUAUUCUACUAAAUGCCACUUCGGCCACUCAGUUAAACUCAUUGCUAUUAAUAAGGUAUGGAGUGUGAAACUAAGAUAGACGUUAGUAAAUGUGUCUUUAGCCUGUCAAUCGUGAAAAUCAGCAAAGUUAGAAGGGAAAUCAAUCCAUGUAUGAGAGACAUCAAGGUCAAAAAUCCUCAAGAAUGUUCUCUACUAUCUGACAAGAUGCUGUCUUAGUGAGUAAAGUCCAAGGGUGUUGAUCUGCUUGUCAUGAACUAUGAUUGGUAUAAGAAAAUUUGAUUUUGCAUAAUAAAGUACUCAGGGUCUUUCCAGGAGGCAAGAGACACUGAUAGAUGAUCCUGGUGUGCCUAGUCCCCACUCAGAACUCAACAUUCUGGACACAAAUGUUGGUGUUAAAGAAAUCAGUGUAAUCCAGAAGACUGACCAUGAGAAGGUGGAUAGGGCUGCAUUCUCCUAAAGUUCAUCUCAGAGCCUUAGGCAGGCCAGUGCACUUAUGCAAAUCAAUAAAGGUGGACCAUGUGCAAGGGCUACACCAUAGAGUGGUUUUGCCAUCCAAGGUCUGUCCUUUUCACAUUUUUGUUACUGGAAAAUUCAUGAGUAACAACCAGUUUUCCAUCCUCUGACAUUCCCUUAAAUUCCUUAGAUGGACACCUCGUUUACAUGCAAAUUAAAUAUUAUUUCACCUUUAACUGAAGAAGUUAGCAGUUCCAGUGAUUAUCGAAAGACAAUCAUUGUAUUGAGAUUUGUAAAACUAAAAGAAGUUUAUUGAUUAAGUAGUCUUAGCAUACUUCUCUAACUGCUUCUUUUUCUUGAAAUAUUUGAAGCCAUACCACAGUAUUUUGACUAUUCAAAGAUGAUUUUAAAAAUUAUAAUA